GAAUAGCUAGCGACCUUCAAACCACGCACACAAUUCUUCUCGAGAAACUCCCCGAACAAUGACGCAUGAGCCUGAUAUCGAAAGCAGAGAGUCAGCCAGCGAACGGACACCAAUGUUAGGAGGCUCUUCACACCAGGGACCUGCGCAUGAGGACGAGAAGAAGUUGAGUUUGUUACAGUUCCUCCAGUUUUUCGGUGGUGGCAUCUACGCACCUGAUCCAUCGACUUACGAUCCUAUUGAGAUCCUUCUGAACACAGAGGAUGCAGGGCAGAGGGAUGAUUUGACUGUGAGAUGGAGAGACCACAAGUUGAGUGAGCUUAACUUUAUCGGUAUUGUGGCUGCGCUCUUAGCAGGAGUGCUCACUUCCACGGGAAGUUGGCCCAACAUUUUACCCAAUGGAAAAGAGUCUCCAUGGCCUGUACGAACAUCAUGGUUUUGCGGUAUCAUUCUAUCGCUUUUCAGCAUCCUAUCUGCAGCCGAUCAAACAGUCCGCCUCCAUCGUCUUUCAUCUCACCGGGAUGGGCUAGAAAACAUCCGCAAUCUACUCGCGAAAACUAAUGGCGAGCGGAAACACUCAGCAAAGACCGGGCGCCGUACACCAAGCUUGCUUCAGAUCAUGGCCUGGCAGAUGCCGGUUAUGUUCUUGACCUCAGCGACGCUCUGUAUGAUUGUAGGCAUGUUUCUGCAUGUUUGGUCGGCCACAACGCACUUGCGUAGACCGGAAUUGUGGGACGACAAUACCAGGGUUGCAGUUACUUACACAGUAGUUGCUUCUAUCGCCAUCAUCCUGUUCUUCGUAGGCCAAGUUACCCUCUAUUCGCCCAUCAGACGUUGA